UAACCGCAGACUACGCGAUGAGCAGAUCCUCGAUUCUGAUUCUCCUGCUCCUGGGAGUCUCCUGCCUGGAGAUUCUUCAGGCCCGCUCUCUUCCGGAGGGCGAGCGCCACCGGUUCGUGCGCAGACGCAUCUCCCCCGACGAUCCCGACCUGGAGAUCAUCGAGGUCAAGGAGGUGUACUAUGUGAGGCGACCCAAAAAGGUGGUGGUGCCCCUCGAUGAGGACGAAAUGGACUGGCGGAUCCGCUGCGACUUCGAGCCAAAACUUCCGGAGUGCAGGCACUUGAUAAAGAAACCUGUGGUGGCUCCCACCACUAAAACCACAACUACAACCACUCAGGCGCCCACCAGCACCACAACCACCACUCGCAGAACCACCACCACUCCAGAACCCUUGAGGGAUGAGUCCAUGGAGCGUAGGAUUCGCUGUGAGUUCGAUCCCACGGCGGAGGAAUGUGCACCCUCAACCACUUCUACCACAACGACCACUACGACAACCACCACCACGGAAUUACCUAUUCUCCCAGAAUUCAAUGAUCCCGAAUCUGAGCCAGAAUCCAAUAUUCUUCCGGAACUUAACGAUCCCGAAACUGAAACCGAACCAGAACAGGAAGCCGAACCACAAAGUGAUACAGAUCCCGAAAACGAUUCAGAAGGCGCCAAAGAAGAGGUCACCGAAGAACCAACUCCGGAAGAUGUUAUCCCCUUGGCCGAUGACGAUGGCGAGAGCGAUGAUAACGACACUGAGGACCUGGACGAUCAAGAGGAUGACUUGGAAGAUAUAUACGAUGUCAAUCCCAACGAGGGAGGAACCCACUCAAUCGGGGCUCACGAAAUCGGCGAUUGGAACUAGAGUCAAAACUGAUAGUAGAUGACACGGGAAGUUCGAUUUAAUUUGUUGCUUUAAUUGGGUAUCAAUAAAAUGGCAGCUUUGAAACCAAUAAUGUUUUCCCUAUA